AUGGAUCUUGGUGCUAGUGCUAACGCUGGUGUUGGAGCUGGUGGUACUCCUCCUCCUCCCACUGCGUCAGGGCUCAGCGGCUUCAUGAACUUUGCCAACUUUGCCAAUCCUCAAUCUUACAUAGACCCGCUUCUUCAGGAUAGCAACGUGGAAGUUCGCGAGCAUCAGUUUACUGGGGGUAACACCUUGGAUGAAUCUGUAUUAACUACAUUACAUAGAGAUCUGGUUAGUAUAACAGAUAAACUACUAUCAAUUCUCUGGCCGAUGAGGUUACGUCAGAAGCUCCAAGUGCUAGAGCGAGUUUCUGGACUGGGAUCAAGAACAAGCGGGGAUAUAGAAGAAGAAGGUGAUAUUGAUUCAUCUAGAGACUAUUCGAAGGAGACUAUUCGCAAGAUUCUCGAUUGGGACUUGUGGGGACCGUUGGUGAUAAAUUUGGGAUUCAGUUUAGUUAUUACGCAUUUGCAGACAAGGACAUUGGAUUCUUCUGAAGACAGAUCUAGUAGCAUAUUUAGUGCUGCCUUUACGCUUAUUUGGGCUUCGUUAGCUGUUCUCUCGCUCAAUAUCCAACUUGUUUGGCCGGUGAAACAGCAAACAGAAUCCGGUGGUACAACGUCUGGAGUCAUUGGCCUUUCCUUUUUUCAGUGUAUCAGUAUAUUGUCCUACACUCUUUUCCCUGUUAUGCUGGGCGGUGUCAUCUGUAUAUUCAUUCAUUUGAAAUUCAUUAGAAUCAUCAUUAACACAGUGAUGCUUUCCUGGUCGCUACUUUGCUCGUGGUUGAUUUUGGCUAUAAUCAGCAACUGCAGGAUACCGGGAGCUACAUCCGAGCUCAUUUACAAUAGUAUGACGGAGCGCGAUCAGGGAACCGCAGGAGAUAAGCGGAUAUUCCUUAUGAUCUAUCCAAUCUUGUUGGUUUACGGGCUAUUUUCAUGGUUAUGCGUCAUUUUGUAA